AUGUCUUCUACCGUGUCUGGUCAAACGAUCCCGAAGCUGUUUCCCAAGGCGUUCCACAGCUGGGUUGGAACGGGGCGCAUCUUCAACUUUCUCGCUCCGUACGAACAGAACCCCGUCAUUGCGUACCUCAACUCCAUCUACAACACCGCCCCCUUGUUCAAGUGGUCGCUCUCAAUCGUACCCCUUUACGGCAUCGUCUCUGGAUACCCGCCGGUGGAAAAGAUCGACUUCAACUCGAGUGCUGCCCUGUGCGCUACUGGUAUGGUGUGGUUCAUCUACGCACUACUCAUUCAGCCCCAGAACUCUGGAAGUCGCUCGCUGGCGUUGGUGAACAUCUGCUUGGCCACGGUUAACGGCUACAACUGCUACCGUAGCGCGCAGCACAGGCGCAUCCAGGCGGUCAAGGCAAAUAGCAUCGAAUGA